AGAGGGAGCUUUUCUGAGAGCUGCUGGAGUCAGUACCAAUCAGAGAUAGGUUUCAGAUGUAUGUUUAAAUUACAAUUGUAUCUUAUCAGUGUCAUUGUGAUUUUUUUUUUUUUUUGUUGACUAGUGUAUUUGCAUCUCUAAUAACCCGUAUGGUUGGCAGGAAGGCAAUCACCCCAUCGCUGUGAAACAAACUCGCUCUGCUGUCCAUCCAAGGAGGAAGAGGAACGGAGCACAUCGCGCUGCACGCUGUGUGUUACUUCGCAUUAGAGGCUAUUUGACAAAUAGCCGGCUCGGACUGUUUGGGGGGGUCUGUGGAGGAGGUGGACCGGUGCGAUGAUGACGGGGAAAUCUGUGAAAGACGUUGACAGAUACCAGACUGUCCUCAACUCUUUACUGGCACUGGAAGAUAAUAAAUUCUGCGCUGACUGCGAAUCUAAAGGUCCAAGAUGGGCAUCCUGGAAUUUGGGCAUCUUCAUUUGUAUCCGCUGUGCUGGAAUCCACAGAAACCUGGGGGUCCACAUCUCCAAAGUCAAGUCUGUGAAUCUGGACCAGUGGACGCAGGAGCAGGUGCAGUGUGUUCAGGAGAUGGGAAAUGCCAAAGCCAGACGCCUGUAUGAGGCUUUCUUACCCGAGUGCUUCCAGAGGCCUGAGACGGACCAGUCUGCAGAGAUCUUCAUCAGGGACAAGUACGAUAGGAAGAAGUACAUUGAUAAGGUCAUUGACAUCCAGAUGCUCAGGAAAGAAAAGAGCUGUGACAACAUACCCAAAGAGCCAGUGGUGUUUGAGAAGAUGAAAUUGAAAAAAGACGCCAGCCCGAAGACAAAUACCCAGUGUCUAACUGACCUGCUUGGAUUAGAUGCCCCUGCUCCCUGCCAUGCGGUGUCUAAUGGUGGAGGAUGUGUUCCAGACAGUAAUAAGAGCCCAGCGGUGUCCAAUCCAACUCUGGCACACUCUGCGCUGGAUCUCUUCAGCUCCCUGCCAGCACCCUCCUCUGCGUCCUCCUCUAAAACCACGCCUGUUUCCAAUUCCAUGCCUCAAAACAGAGUGACUGCCUCGGUGCCUGAAAACCUCAGUCUGUUCCUGGAUCCUGCUCGCAAAGGAGAGGGGGGCACUGUCAAGAAGCUGUCCAAGGACUCUAUUCUCUCCCUGUAUGCCUCCACCCCCUCGAUACAUGCCAGCAGUAUGGCUACUCACGGCUUGUAUAUGAACCAAAUGGGAUAUCCGACACACCCGUACGGAUCGUACCAUUCUUUAGCGCAGGCAGGUGGAAUGGGAGGUGCCAUGAUGACAUCUCACAUGGCCGUGAUGGGGCAGCAACAGGGAGGCAUGAUUGGAGCUCAACAGAAUAGCAUGAUGGGACAGCAAAAUGGCCUAAUGGGUGCCCAGGGCGUCAUGGCUCAGCCUGGGGGUGUUAUGUCGUCACCCUACAUGACCCAGGGCAUG